GGUCCAAUUCAUCAGCCGUCUGUAUUCACUACACGUGCAAAUGCGUGGUUGCAAACUCGCUUUUGGGAAUCAAUUAUUUACUCAGCUACGUAAGCUAUUUCAAUAUACGUCGGUGUAUAGUGCGUGUAUGUAAUGCAGAGGAUUUCGAAAAGUUGUUGACAAAAAGGAACACAAAUUAUUAUCUGCUUCACCUUUUGACAGCUGAUGAUGUCACACAAUGGAGGAGAAAUUUUCAAAGUUUGGAGGAGAAAUGAAGAAGCAGUAUUGGUUGGAGCCCACUGCUGCUGCCAUGGCCAAACUAGAUGAAAUCCAGUUUUCGGUUGAAAGUAUGAAGCCAGCCAGUGCCUUCAACGUGCAGUCAGUAUGGAGUCCCGCAAGCUCUACACCCCCUCCGAGUUCUCCAAUCGGGAGGAGUCCCUCCAGCUCCAAAGCAUCACCGUACACGGAGCUUGAGACGGAGCCACCGCUGUCUACAGUCAGCAUCCAGAAAACGUCUGCUUGGGGUAGUAAUACGUCAAUUCCAGAUCUUAUCAAGGCACAGGGGGAGAGACAGAAGAAGCCGAAAGGUGCCCCCAGGAGGCCCUGGAGCGGGAGGAAAGUGCCCUCGAGCCCCACCCUCCAGAGGAGGGGCAGCCAGACUGGGAGCGGGGAUGACGCUAACAAAGAUACACCAGGGGCCUUUAUUGCAGUGAAAGGAGCAAAAUCAGUCAUGUAUGAUGUGGGUUCCCGACCUCCCAGUGGCCGCUCCCACCCAUCUUCCUCCUCAUCCUCGACUGCAGGCCCACAUAAUUCAUCCCAUGAUGUGUUUGAGAUGAUGGAAGCAGCGAACACAGCAAGGCCUACCCAUGGGGAGAGUGCCACAGAGGGAGAGGACAAUGCGCUGGAGGAAUUCUUAAGAAGUCAGCCAAAUGGACACAAGCAUGAAUUAUCUAAGUUAUCAGCAGCCUAUGCGGAUGAGAGAAACGUCACACCCCCUCCCCCUCCUCCCUGUGCCUCUCCCGAUCUUGAGAAGCUUAUUAAUGGGGGUCUAGAUGAGGAGGACUAUUACUACGCUGACAGAGAUCACCCAGAGGUCGAAGGUCAUAAAGAAGAAGACAGAGAUAGUGGAGAGUUGUAUAUACAUGUAACACAGCCCUCCUAUGUCCCUCCUCAGCUGCUACGCAGACCUACCCCUGAGCCAUUGAAACUGUCCAUGACUAUACCUGAUGCUGAAGGGGAAGAGGACUAUUCCACUGAUGAAGAUAGGUCUUCAGGUGCACCAUCUCCUCAGCUUUCUCCUGACAUUGAGGUUCAGAGUGUAACAAGUGAAGUAUCCGCCCAGCUAACAGCUCAAUACAUCACCUCUCAACGGGAUAGUCCAUCCCACACCCACCCUUUGACGCCACAGGGAGUGGAUUCUACCAUUACCCAGGAUAGGGUGGACGAAUGGGACCAUCGCGAGAUAGAUGCAAGUGCUGGUAAAUCUAGAAAAGGGAGACAGUCUGUGAAGUUUGUUGAAGAAAGGAAUGUGACUUUUGAUAUCACACCAAGAGAUUGUGCAUCCACUCACAAGCCUAGUCCUCCAUCUGUUAGUAGGGUUCAGAGACCACGAAGCGCUUUAAAAAGUCCAGGAGUUCGGAAGUCCAUUGUGCAGAAGAAGCGACCAUCAUCCGCAGGUUAUAAAGGCAGCAGUCAGCCGUCACAGGGCAACUCAUAUUCUUCUGGACGCUUGAAUCAUCGUGAUGAUGAAGGUGGAUCCAAUGAAGAAAGCGAUGAAGAACAGAAUGUUACCAAUGAUGAACUAAUGGACGCAAUUAACAACAACGCCAUAAGCCAGUUGCUUGAUAAUUUGACAAAACCAAGGAGUAAAAAGGAGGUAGAAACAAUGAUGUCACAUCUAGCCGUCUCCGAAGCCAACAAGGCGACUACUGACACGACCAAAGCAACGCAAGAAGUGCCGCAGUCUCACAUCGUCAGAACUGUCCAGGUAUCGUCAUCCUCCCCAAAACAGAACUAUUACGAGAAGGCGAUACUAGCCAAAAAGAAAAGCAUGUACCACAGGCAGAACACGCCGACCCGGACGCUGACCACCAAGGUGAUUGAGUUUGGUGAUGAAGGGCCGUCCAUGGAAACCAAGGAGGUGUCGUACUUCCAGGUUGUUACACCGCCCUCGCAGGUCAAGGUCUCCAGGCCUACAUCCUCCAGAGGGCCUCGCAGGGGAUGGGAAGAACCCGGUGCAUCAGAGGGUACCCAUGUGAAUAGGCCUACCAUGGGAAAGAAGUCUUUUGUUGAGCAGCAAGUUGCCAGGCCUACAUCAAGGAUAGGAUCUUAUCAAGAUUUUGAGGAUUCUGACCCCCUAGAACUGGACAAGAGAUCUCCGAGGUCUGCAGCUUCUCAGAGAGCCCGACCAAGGUCAGCUGUUUUGAAGGCCAAAUCACAAGUGAGCCCCCACAGUUGUGCUAGAACGAAGAGCCCGAAUAGGACCAAACCUAGGCCUCACUCAUCUUUUGUCAACUCAAAUCCACCAAAGAAACCAGUGAGACGAAGCUCCUCUCCGUCCGCACAGAACUAUAGCAAUUCAAGCAGGGCUCUCGUUCCUGCCGUCAGGAAAAGCAAAGCAGAAGUCCAAAGAAAUAGAGAGGCUUUCAGAGCAUUAAAAGAUGGGUCCUUGAAGAAAACUAAGACAUAUGGAAAGCAAAUUGUUGCGGUAGACGACAGGUCGCCUGUACGCACAGUCUCGACAGGAAAGGAGCAGCAAGACGGCGGCAAGGGAUCUGAUAGUGACAGUAUUGAUGAGUAUCCCAAGAGCAUGAGGGAGGAGGAGGUAUUUAGUUUACACAGACACCUAACCAAAAGUGGAGUUAAGAUCUCUUUUAAAACACUGAAAAGGGGUCUCGUCGCACCAAAUGAGAAGAAUGCAAACGAUUGUCUGGAUCAGUUACCCAGCAAUGUAUCCCUCAAUUUACUAAGUAAACCGGAAGCCUGGCUGGGUGAAACUUACAGGAAUUAUCAGAUAGCUGAGAAUGCAUUGAGGAGAGCAGAGACUCAGAUUGCUAUUCAAGAGGAGAAGGCCCAAAUAGAGGCAGAGAAACUCAAGGAGUCCAUGAAGAUGGCCAGUGGUAAGAAGAAAAAGAAGAAGAAAGGGGGUAAGAAGAAGACUAAAUCUUCAGGCUCAACUAGAUCCACUUUGUCAUCGGCUAAGUCUAGUGCCAGUGUCAUCUCAUCAAGGUCAAAGGUCGCAGAGGGUGAUAGACCGAUAUCAGCAAUAUCAGCAUUAGGAUUGGAUCCAGAUGAAAUUCUGAAAGAUAUAUUGUGAAUAUAUCAUAGGAAAAUGUAGGACACAUUGAAAAAAUUAUAUUAAUGUCGGAAGAGAGAAAACCUGCUUUCUCAAAGCUCAAUCAAAAGACACAAACAGUGAUAAACAAAUAUUAGCAAUAUCAAGCGAUUUAAGUUUCUUCAGUAUUUCUUGAGAUGCAGUUAUGAGCUGAACUGCCGGUUUGCAGUCCAGUGCAGUUGUAAAUGUUAACAAGUUUGUUUCAGCUUUGCGGGGAUUUGUAUGAACAGUUUAUUAAUCAUUGACAUUAUAUUGAUUUUUCAUUGCGAUAUUUUCAUGCGUGAGUUGGGGUGCUUGAUUUUCUGUGACAGAUAUACAAUGUGCAAAGGAGCUAACUCUGAAGUCUGAACUGGAAUUAAUUAUUAUUUUUCUUGAAUACUAAUCAAAUUCAUGUCUAUGCCUGUAGAUAUGCAACAUAUGAAACUACUGCUUUUUUGCUAUCAAAAGGAUUGAUAAGAUUUGAACCCAGGACCUUCAGGUCAAAAGACCACAGCUCUUCGCUGAGCCAUCAUGCCUCUAUCAUGUUCUAAUGAUGAGGAAAAUGCUCAAGAAUUUUCUUAUGUAGUUUUUGUCUUAACUUUACUGAAAUCAGCUUAUGUUGUGGUGGCCUUAAAAGCCUGAAAUAUUUAAGAGUAAGAGACUUAUUUCAGUGUUUAUAGAAAUUUUUACAGAAAAAUUAUAACCUUCCAAACUGGUGGAGGAAAUUGAGUGUUUUAAAUUCAGAUUACUAAGGUGGGUUUUUUUUAUAAGAGAAAAAUUGUAUAUUACGAGAAAAGUAAUACAUUUACAUUGCAGCUCUGAAUAGGAGCUUUAUUUUAUCUUAUAAGGUGGGUAUUUCUAGCAAUAUUUUAGUGUAAUAGUUAUUCAGUGUGUGUGAAUUAACAGAAUCCAUCCAGCUUUUUGUAAUCUUUUUAUUAUUCACCUUGAAAUCUAGAUGUUUUAUUACUGAAAUAAAAAAUUAUGUUUUUGAA